GCAUGCGCGGGGUCGAGCAGCUGAGAGCUGUGCGGGACACAGGGGCCGCUCUGCUACAUACAGGAAGAGACCGUGCGCUUCAGGCUAGAGAUGCGUCUUUCAGCACAUGGGGAGAAGCACAUAGUGUCCUCUGCGCUCUCGGAAGUGCUCUGAAUCUGCGGUAGUCCCUGGAGAGGAUGAAGUGGUGAAAGGAUGGGGCUUUCUCCUGCAAGAUUGCACAAUGGCCAGAGAGGACUCGGUGAAGUGCCUGCGCUGCCUGCUCUACGCCCUCAAUUUGCUUUUCUGGCUGAUGUCGAUAUGUGUUUUGGGAGUUUCUGCUUGGAUGAGAGACUACAUAAAUAAUGUACUUACGCUGACUGCUGAAACAAGAGUGGAGGAUGCAGUUCUGCUCAUCUACUUCCCUGUGUUCCACCCGGUGAUGGUUGCUGUCUGUUGUUUCCUCAUCAUUGUGGGCAUGCUGGGUUACUGUGGAACUGUGAAGAGCAAUCUUAUUCUUCUUGUAUGGUAUUUUGGGAGCUUGUUAGUAAUUUUCUGCAUUGAGUUGGCAUGUGGAGUGUGGACCUAUGAACAGGAAAUCACGGCUGUAAUUCAGUGGUCGGACAUGAUUAGCUUGAAAUCAAGAAUGCCAAACUAUGGUUUACCCAAAUACCAGUGGUUGACUAAUGCAUGGAAUUUUUUUCAACGAGAGUUCAUGUGCUGCGGAGUGGUAUACCUAACUGACUGGCUGGAAAUGACAGAGAUGGAUUGGCCCCCUGACUCCUGCUGUGUGAGAGAAUACCCAGGAUGCUCCAAGCAGGCACAUCAUGGAGAUCUCAGUGAUUUGUAUCAAGAGGGCUGUAGCAGAAAAAUGUACAGCUUCCUGAGAGGAACCAAACAACUGCAAGUGUUACGGUUCCUUGGAAUCGCCAUUGGUGUCACACAGAUUCUAGCUAUGAUUCUCACCAUCACCUUGUUGUGGGCUUUGUUCUAUGAUAAGAAGGAUCCCAGAACAGAACCAAUCCUACCUCCGAGUCAUGAUGAUGCCCAGCACAGCUGCCACCCAGUGGACAUAAUACCACCAAACCACACAAGGAUUUCUGAUCAAAGAACUACUGCCAAUGGCUUUAACACAUACCUUGAAAUGGAUGAAUUGUGAUUGGCUACCAUAUAAGUGGCCUUUUUUUUAUCUUACAAGAUUGUCUCCCCGGUGUACAUAGUACAUGGAUACACUGUAAGAAAGAAUAUUAUUUUCUUGCUGAUCAGACUUAUGGUGUACUAUUUACUAAGACUGCAGCAUGUUUUCAAGAAUGUACGCCAUGUUGGAUUGUCUUCAUAUUAAUCUAUACAGUGUUCCCUUUAUUUAAUAGAUUGUAUACAAUAUCUGAUUACUGUCAAGAAUGCAAACAUGGCCGAAGUAUACCUUGUUCAGGUAAAUUUUUAAUCUAGGGUUGAAUUUAAUUUAACUCUCAGUACAGUAACUGGACUCAUCAAUUACUGCUCAUGGAUACGUGGAUGAGGAUCCCUAUCUGAUAACUAUUGUGUAUAUUUGUAAUUCAUUGUAUUACAAGGCAGAAAUAUUUUGUGGGAACUAUAACUGAUACAAGGUCAGUUUUACUGGGUGAUUGUUACCCAUGAUGUCAAACAAAUCUUUAGCUCUGCUAAAUUCAGACAGAUUUUCAAUAAGAUACACAAGUCUUCUAUGAGAAGGCCAGAUUUGUUGGGAUUAUUUGUGUGUAUUUCUCUCAAGCCCUUCAUCAAUCUAGCUAAUCUAUGAGCUGUGAAUGUAUUUAUUGCUACUAGCUCAUGGCUAAAUGCUAGAAAUCAAGCUAUGCCCUACUGUAGUAACCUGACUAUAUCUUUAUUCUGUGGAUACAUGUAGGUUUGUAAUGAAUAUUUACUGCAAAUAUCUUGUUAUAAAUGUUAAAGGGGUUGUCUGUUAUAACUAUGCCUUUUCUGGUAAAAUGGACGCCAUAAAAUGAAAUCAUUACAGGUUGUCCUAGUGCAGGAAUUCUCUGGUCAGUUGCCCUGUAGUGGCACUAAUGGAGGAAUGAGGCAUUACACAGUUCUUCAUUAAGUCAAUGGGUUGUUGAUGGGGGUUCAGCAUUUUCUGAAAACGUAUCUAAAGAAUAUUUUUGUAAACUACUAAACCCCUUUAAUGUAAUGUAAAGGAAGAAUACUGUAAAACCUUAAUCUUAUGCUUGUCUGACCUCAGACACAAUGACUGGACGAAUUUCAUAUUUCCUUUUAGAUCUGUUUCAUUAGAACAUGUAUCCUUUUUUUUUUUGCCAUGAACUUCAUACAUUGUAGAUUGUCUUCCUGGGUGUCAUUAAACAGGUCCCCUGCUAAAAUGCAUUAAUGCAUGGUUUCAUUUUCCCAUUCUAAGCCAUUGAAAUACAAUAUAGUGUAACUGAAUGGCCUAAGGAGCAUGGUCCAAUAAUGGUCACGUAUUGGAGAAUACCCCGGGACUAUACUGCCAAUGAUCCUGACUAUUGCAAUUUUGAGGUCAUGGAAUGGGAAGAGAAAAUGGAAUAAUACAAGUAGGGGGCCUGGGUAAUGUUGUGAUGUAAUGUGCUGUACCUCUUAGCCACUCUUUCUACCUCAAAGAUGGACUGGUAAUUACCACCAUGUAAUUUUUAGCACAGUCAAUAUAGUAAACCUAGUGUGUAAGCUGGAAACACUUUUAAAACAUUGCCGAUUAAACCCAGUGCUCAGUGAGUUUGACCGUUUUGUCAUACUGAGAGUCAGAUUUAUAUGAAAUCGCACAUAAUGCAUGAUAGUCCGCUACCUCAAUUGGCUGCUGCUGAAGACAAGCCCUGAAGAGGAGUACAGUGUGCAACCGGGUGACAAAGAAAGGUAAUUCUACAAGUGUAGGAAUGUGGCUCUGUGUGUAAUAAACCUGCUUCAUUCUUUCUAUUUUCUUAGCUGAACACCGGAAUAAACCUUUGAGUUAAAAAAGUGAGCACACACCAAAAAGCAAAGCUUUUGUAUACUGCACAGUAUGUAGAUAUGUAAAAAUUUCCAUGGAAAAAACUUACGUUUCAGCAUUAGAGUUGAAUUUGUAUUUCUACAAAGGAGUAGUUUGAGUGAGCUGUGUCAGUACAACAUGUUAAUCCAUCACCACCCCCAGGGCCUAUUAGGUGCAGUACUACAUGAAUAGUUCUGUGCCCGCUGAGUCCUGAGCAUGUGCUUACUAACCCUUGUUACAUACAUAAUACAUACAUAUAACUGCAAUCAGGACAGAAUGCACUUCAGCUCUGGCAAGCAACAGGGCUGUACUGUGCCCAUACCCGAAGCAACGGAGCAUGCGCUGUAAUACAAGGCUAGACGAGACAAUAUCACUGCCUGGCCCUGUCACUGAAAGCUGGCGGGGGGCAGGGUAGCCAGGAGUAAGGAGUGUGGCUUUCAGUGCAACAAGGUGCAAUGGCAACAUAUUCUUUGUACCAAUCCAAUCAUUUGUAUAUAAGGAAAAUAAAAGUUUCUCUGGAAUGCGUCCAACAAUCAGGGUGGAAGCAAGAACGUUUUACUCAGGGGACUAGCGCACAUCUGACAAUUCAUUUGUACAGAUAUGAAGGUAUACGAUGGCAGAUUCCAUUUAAGUACAUCUCAUACUUGUAAGUCACCUGCCUUUUACUCCAAUAAAUUACACCAACCACAGGCCUUCAGCUAUAAAAUACAGUAUAGGACAUUCAUUUUCUAAAGUGACAUUAAAGUGAAUCUGUCACUUCUGUCCUGAUUGCAGUUAUAUGUAUGUAUUAUGUAUGUAACAAGGGUUAGUAAGGACAUGCUCAGGACUCAGCGGGCACAGAACUAUUCAUGGGGGACUGGGUGCCCAGGAGUAAGGAGCGUGGAUUUCAGCACAGUGAGGUGCAAUGGUGGCAGCCUUGUUUCACUGACCAGUUAAUUUGCAGAUGAGAAAAAGAAGAAUCUUUCCGGAAUGCAGGCAAUAUUCAGCAUGAGAUCAAGAGCGCUUUACUCAAGGGACCUGCGCACAUAUAGCAACUCAUUUACAUGUUUUCAUAUUUCUUAACUAAUCGCGUUAUCUUGAGACAAAAGCCAUUGAAAAGCAAUUGAAGGUGUUUGCUUAGAUUAUAUCACACAACUCAGAAAGCAGGAGUGUUAACUCUACUCCAUCCGUAGAUUGAUAUAAAGGCUCUUUAAACAUCAGUGCAUCGCAUGCAGAUUUCAUCAAGCAUGUAUACCAGUCAUAGAGAUACAAAAGCUAGAGAAGGAAAGCUAAACAUUUUUAUAGCCCUGGUAAAUUAUGUGCAGAUGUCCACUAGUUUGUCACAGUUACUGGUUUCAGUUAACUGUUUGUUAAAAUAUUUAAUGACGGAUUGCUGCAAUAAUGUAAACCAAGUUCUGAGCCCCAAGCCCCCAUUCCUCCUCAUAGCACAAGUGCAGCAUGGAAGAGUCAGAAUAGAGCGACGGCCAAGCAUGCACACGGCCCUUCCAUUCAACGACUAUGGGACUGAAAGAGAUACCUUAGCACUGUACUCUGCUAUCUGAGUCCCAUAGACUUUGAAUGGAGUGGCAGUGUGCAUGGUUGAACAGUCUCCCAAUAAACACCUUCUUAUUGCUGCAGUGAUCAGUGGAGGUUCCAAGGGUGGGAUCACAGCAAUUGGGCAGUUCUCAUCUGUCCUGUGGAUAGGUGAGAAAUGUCAAUUGUAUGAUAACCCCUUUAAGGAUAAAUUUGGUUAACAUUCUCCCCCAAGUGUUUAUGUAAAGAGGGGCAC